AGAGGCAAGGCACGUCAACGUGAAGGAGGCCGAGUCGCGUCCGCAUCCGCUGUUAUUGCUGCAAGACUGGAAUUAUUCACCGAUAUUAAAGACAUACACACUAUGGUGAAGCAUCAUCCCGCUUCAAAAGACGGACACGCAAACCUGUCGCUCUGACAUCGACCUUUACCGCCGGAAACCCGUUAGCUUUGGCAGCUAACGUGAGCUAGCUAAGUUAGCUGUUACAUACCCUCGUUUUUUCCAGGCAACUGACCUCCAACACUACAUAGACGCACUGAGUAUCAUUUGCUGGCUAGGUCGGGGUCGUAUUCCCCCUGUGUCUUCAAGUCCCCUCCAAUUGUCCCCGUGUGGUACCCCGUGGACGGUUCCCGAAUAUGAUACAUAAUGAGUCAAAGAGAUACCUUGGUUCAUCUGUUUGCUGGAGGAUGUGGGGGCACGGUCGGAGCCAUAUUGACUUGUCCACUGGAAGUCGUGAAGACCCGUCUGCAGUCGUCCUCGCUCACCCUCUAUGUGUCUGAGGUUCAGCUCAGUACUGUCAAUGGGGCCAGUGUGGCCCGUGUGUCCCCGCCAGGCCCCCUGCACUUCCUCAAAUUGAUAUUGGAGAAAGAAGGACCCCGCUCUCUCUUCAGGGGCUUGGGGCCUAACCUGGUGGGUGUGGCACCUUCUAGAGCAAUCUACUUUGCUGCUUACUCCACUGCCAAAGAGAAACUGAACGGUGUGUUGGAACCCGACUCCACACAGGUACACAUGGUGUCGGCUGGAAUGGCAGGUUUUACAGCCAUCACAGCAACCAAUCCAAUAUGGCUCAUAAAGACCCGUCUACAACUGGAUGCUAGGAAUCGAGGUGAGCGGAGGAUGAGUGCAUUUGAGUGCGUGCAGCGGGUGUAUCGGGCAGAUGGCCUACGAGGCUUCUACAGGGGUAUGUCGGCAUCCUACGCCGGCAUCUCAGAGACUGUGAUCCACUUUGUGAUCUACGAAAACAUCAAACGCCGCCUCUUGGAGGCCAAGUCCCCGCAGAACAUGGACGAUGAAGAGGAGACGUCCAAAGACGCUUCAGAUUUUGUGGGGAUGAUGCUUGCUGCUGCCACUUCCAAGACCUGUGCCACAUCAAUCGCUUAUCCUCAUGAAGUGAUCCGCACCAGGCUACGCGAGGAGGGCACCAAGUAUAACUCCUUCUUCCAGACUCUAAGAACAGUGCCCAAAGAGGAGGGCUACCGCGCCCUGUACCGUGGCCUCACCACCCAUCUGGUACGACAGAUCCCCAACACCGCCAUCAUGAUGUGCACCUACGAGCUGGUUGUCUACCUCCUGAACGGUUAAAGUCUCCUCCCCCCACCACCACUUAGACAGUAUAUGUAACCCUAACCCUGUUCGGAGAUGGAGAAAAGAGAAUGAGAGCAACUGCACACCAGCUAGCACAGCAACUUGCUCGCCAGAAGAGGACAGAGACAGCACGGUGACCUCUGUCACAGUGACGCGAGUGGCUGUUAAAAAUAAGUUGGCAGUUUUGUUUUAUAACCAAAGGGUCUGGCACAGGGAGGAGGAUCAAGAAGUUCCUCACAUUGGUUUGGGGAUCUGGGUUUAGCACUGACAAAGAAAUGGUUGCCCUAUUUUCAUUUUAAUUCCAUCCUCUUCUCCCUUCGGUUAUAUGCGUCGCCUCUGGAAGCUCAGAUUCAGAGUGUUGAAGAGAGGACCUGAGUUAUAGUAUAUUCUGCCUCUAACAAUACUAAUAAUAAGUACAGUAAUUCUAAUCCUUACUACCUAGAGGAUAGAAGACCCCCUCCGUCAGUAGGUUUUGCUCUCACACUGAUGAUCAGUUUUUGAAAUAUUCUAUUAGUAUCAUACAGUAUCGCCUGCAUCCCUCAGAGUGCCACUAGAGGACCAGAAUACAAAGAUGGCAGGAUCAGUAGUGAGCUUAAGUGUCUGAUGAGGGUUCUCAAGUUAGGGAGAAUUAAUCAGUGCUUGAGGCCUGUUGAGGCAGGGUAAACAGAGGAGAAUAAGGAGGGAGGUGAAGGGGAGACGUGCCUUGUGUGAAAAAUGUGAUGUAGACGAAGAUGCACAAUGGCUGCAGGAGGAGGCGGAGCUCUGGUUGACCUGUCACAACAAAGGUGUAGAAAUGUAGAGUUGUAAACUGGCACUGUGUGAUUUCAGGUGCCCUUAGUGAACCUUUUACAUAUCGUGAACAUAGACACGCUCACCUGAAGGCUUUCAGCAUUUCUAAUACUAGUCACAAUGUGCUGACGAUGCAGGAAUUGACAUGCAUUUGUAGCUCUGUACACUACCUACAUGAUGGAUAUCUGCUAGCUUCAUACAAGUCUACAUAACGGCAUCGAUCUCUGGAACUGUACAUGUUUGUGUUAGCCACGUGUGGAAGAGGAGUAAUCACUAAGGUUAAAUGGAGGGUAAAAAGUCCCCAGACUAAACCAGAAUAUAAUCCACCAUUCUAACUACUGGAAUGUAAAUAAACAGGAGGAUUAAUUCACUAAAGGCAGGGAAGUAAAACACUGACUGAUGUUGUGAAUUGAAAAAAAAAAAAAUCAUUAACAAAUUUUAACAAACGGUAGUAUUGAUAGAUGUAUUCAAUACCUACUUAUCGUGAUGGUGUUGCAUUUGUCUGCCCAGUAAUGGCUAAAUGCAAACAUGUAGUGCAUUUUCUAUAGAGGGGAGGGGAUUUGCCUGUUAUUUGUUGCCUGUUUUCAAACAACUGUGUUGUUCUUAUAGCACUUUUCAGUGUCUCUCUAGAAGCUUCGUCACAUUUAGUCUUUUCCUCAGUUGGAGAAUCCGGGCUGGUUUUACAGGCGAGGACAAUCCUCUUGAGUUUACUCUGGAAACUUGUACAGUUUAGCCAGUGUGUGGAGGAAGUGGCCAGGAACACGCUCUUCAUAAGCACACAUUCAUUAAAUAUAGACCAGUAUAACACGCGCACACACAGAAAAGAGUUGACUAUUGUGUCGAUUCCCUUGUUGUUCGAGAAAACAAACAUCUGCAUUUCUGUCAGUUUUAAAAAAAUGAAACCGCUUUUUUGUUCGUCAGUGUUUAAUGUGGUGUUGGAUGUCCUCUCGGAACGGAAAGGUACCUGCUCUCCUCUUUGGAUACAUUUGUUUGUGUUUUUCCAUUUUACCAUGUCAUGUUUCAAACAGUACAAAAGACAAAGACAGUGUUUUGCCCUCACCUCAUUUGUCCCCAGUAACCAUAGAGGUAACUUUCCUUCUGUAAUCACAUGACACACGAACCAGCCUGUUGAUAACUGUGUGCAUUUUCACUGCAAACUUGAAGGGCAUGGCUUGGUCCACUAACAACAAAUGCUAAAUUCUCAUAUCGCUUAAACAGCACGAGGUGUUGCUGUUACCCCUCGGUGUAUCGGAACUCCCAACACCUCAGUGCUGUGUGAAGUGGAAGGACAGUGUAUGCAGCUCAGCUAAGCUGGCUUUCCUCAAUGUGAACACUUUUGAGUUUUACAGCACACAUGAAGGAUGCAUUAGAUUAGCCGCAUUGUGCAGAUCUUCUCGGAGAUGCGUUAAUGCUCACACACAGUACCAUCGACACACAUUAUUGAUGUAGUAGUGAGAGGUCAGACCUCCGUGCUUGUGCGUGCGAUUGGACGUUUGUGUAUCAAGGUGCUGGCUACUUUCACGAUGGUUUUAAAACAGGACAGAUGACAGUCUUCGCAUGUAGUGUGAGUUGAUUGUACUUAUUAAAGGGUCAGUUCACCCCAAUUCACAAAAGAAUUGUAGAAUUUUCUUUGGGUCGGGGGUGAAGUGACCCUUUAACUAUAUGGUUAUAUGCAUCUUAUUCACUUGUAUCAUAUGAUGCAUUAUUCCCUGGAUCCCACGGUCAUUCUUUUGCACCCACUCGUUUGCAUUGUGUGCCAGUAAGUGCGUGCAUGUGUUGUGCGUGUGCUUGCUUAGAUGACAGUCGCCUGUCAUCCAGUCGUGUCUUGUGUGUGAGAGACCAUAGGAGUAUGUAUGCAUUCAGACUAGCUGCAAACAGUGUUGUUUUUAUCUUUUUAAAUAAAUUGUUGCCUUCUCCUGAAGCCCUUUGUUUUUUCCCAUGUUGUCAUUGAUGAGCCCACUGUGAGUGUGGCUCAGUCUAUGCAUUCUCUCAUACUUGUUUUUGUAAAACAAAAAACUAAUAAAACUGAAAGAGUGCAAGUAUA